AUGUCUUUGUCCGAAAUCCAAACUACCCUCAAGGGAAAGCUCCGUCAAUUCCAAGAUUUCCCUUCUAAGGGAAUUUUGUUUGAGGAUAUCAUGCCCAUUUUCCAGGACCCCAAAGCUUUCCAACUUUUGUUGGACGGUCUUAAAUUACACUUGAAAGACAAGAAGGUCGAUGUUAUUGUUGGUCUUGAUGCUCGUGGUUUCCUUUUUGGACCCGCUUUGGCUCUUCAACUCGGUGCUGCCUUUGUUCCUGUCCGUAAGCAAGGUAAGCUUCCUGGACCCACUGUCCAAGCUGUUUACGAGAAGGAGUAUGGACAAGAUAUCUUUGAGAUCCAAGCCGAUGCUAUCAAGCCUGGUCAAUCUGUUGUCAUUGUUGACGAUAUCAUUGCCACUGGUGGAUCUGCUUCUGCUGCUGGUGAGCUCGUCACCAAGAUCGGUGGUUCUGUCACCGAAUAUUUAUUCAUCUUAGAGUUACUGUUCCUCAAGGGUCGUGAUAAGCUCAAUGCCCCAGUUUUCACUCUCCUUGCUGGCCAGUAA